AUGCCGGAUGCCGCACCCCCCGGCACCGAUCACACUCCAUCCCCGCUCGCUGCCCGUCAGGUGGGGCGUGCUCCGUACGAAGAUGCCAAGCCACCACCCCGAAGGCUCUCUGGGGCUCCUACAACCCAGGCACUCAGCACGCGUUCUCCGGGCGUCCACAUGGUCGGCAUCUGCUUUGAGAAGAACCAAGUGCCAUCCUGCCUCAAGGCCCUCAUCUGGGCAUCUCAAGCUCUCUGGACAAAUCUGUCCCUCUCCCCUGCACUUGCCCUGGUGAACCUGACAUGCCCUCCUUUGUCUACAGAGAAGCCUGAGGAGUCCCAGACCUUGGUCAGACCGCCUGUGUCAUCCUUCAGAGCUGAGUCCUUCUCUACCCGUGAGUCCAUCAGCGAGUCAAGUGCCCAGAAACAAAGAUUUUCACUUAAACUAGAUGCCAAGGAUGGGCGCUUGUUCAAUGAGCAGAACUUCUUCCAGCGGGCGGCCAAGCCUUUGCAAGUGACCAAGUGGAAGAAGCUGUCCUGGACGCCCCUGCUGGCCAUCCCCACCUGGGUCGUUCACCAGGACACGUACAGGUUCUCGGUGUUGCCCACGCUGGGGAGGAGCCUUCAGUCGGCCCUGAGUGACAACCGGAAGCCUAUGAUACCCAUGCUGUCUGUGUUCCAGAUGGCCCACCGGCGGCUGGACGCCCUGGAGUUCCUCCACGAGAAUGAGUAUGUUCACGGCAAUGUGACGGCUGACAAUAUCUUUGUGAACCCAGAUGACCUGAGCCAGGUGACCCUGGCAGCUUAUGGCUUCGCCUUCCGCUCUUCCCCGGCGGGCAGACAUGAGGCCUACGUGGAAGGCAGCAGGAGCCCCCGUGAGCGGGACCUGGAGUUCCUGCGCACGGACGCGCACCAGGGAUGCGGCCCCUUCCGCCGCAGUGAGCUCCCGACCUUGGGCUACUGUCUGCUGGAGUGGAUCUGCGGGAUGCCGUGGACAAAACACCUUCUCGACGUCGAGGCUCUCGUGAAGCUGAAACAGAAGCUCCUUGACGGCCCGGAGGCCCUCGUGGGACACCGCGGUUGCCGGAUGAGCCCCUCAGAGGCGCCGCAGGAGUCCCCGGAGGACAACCGGAAGGCGGUGGUGGCGCUCAGGGACGGCGAGAAGCCGCCCUGCGCCGUGCUGAGGGGCAAAUUGGAAGCCCUGCUGAAGAAGCUGCGGGCGUCGGCCUCCGACCCCCUGGACCUCCACAGGGCGCCUUAG